AUGACUUUCUUUACUUCAAAUAAUAGUAAUAUAAGUUUGGAAACGGAAUUGGCAGAAGAUGUGCCACGUGAUGAGCGCUUGGCUCGAGUUGAAAUAGCCCUUUUGAGCAUCAUAUUUUUCAGUGCCGCAAUGUUGAACUUUGUACUGCUAUUGGUGUUGUGGAAGCAGAGGACGCAGCUGUCGAGGAUGCGUGUCUUUGUUUUUCACCUUUGCCUGGCAGACCUGGUGGUCACCUUUUUCCAAGUUUGUCCGCAGCUGAUGUGGGAUGUAACGGACAGAUUCAUUGGUCCUGACAUAAUGUGCCGCCUGGUGAAAUACAUGCAGGUCGUUGGCAUGUUUGCCUCCACUUACAUGAUUGUAGUGAUGACCAUUGAUCGCUACCAAGCCAUCUGUAACCCCAUGGUGACUUUCCAAAGGCGCAGAGCGAGCUGGAACGUGCCUGUGUGCGUUGCAUGGUCCGUGUCCCUCUUCGGCAGUCUCCCUCAACUGUUCAUCUUCUCCCGAGUUCAAAUUGCGCCUGGUGUCUAUGACUGCUGGGCUGACUUCAUCAAACCUUGGGGACUAAAAGCUUACGUGACCUGGACCACUCUGGUGAUAUAUGUGUUGCCAAUCUUAACUGUUAUCGUUUGCCAGGUGCGUAUUUGCCGAGCUGUUCAAAUCAACUUUCACAUGAAAACACAUCAAGCAUCGGAAAUUGUCACCAAACCUCUGCACUCCAGGACCAGUAGCGUUGCUGGAGUGUCCAAAGCCAGGAUCAAGACCGUGAAGAUGACCGUGGUCAUUGUUCUUGUCUACAUUAUCUGUUGGACUCCUUUCUUCACUGUCCAGCUGUGGUCCGUCUGGGAUGUCCACGCACCCACUGAGACUGCAACUUUCUCUAUCCUGAUGCUUCUGGCAAGUCUGAACAGCUGUGCAAACCCCUGCAUCUACCUGCUCUUCAGCGGGAAGCUCCCCAAGAGACUCAUGGCGGUGUGUGUUAGCCAGUCGGACAUUAAGGACUCCAUACAAGAAGAAGCCACUGUGGUCAGCUCCUUGUACAUCAGUUUUAAGAGCCUUAAUGAAUCCAGAUGA